AUGAAGUUAAGCCAGUUUUCAAUAAUAUUUACGCUACUAAGUAUACUUAAAGGAACUAUUAAAGGAGGAUUAGAAGAUCAUAUUAAAAGGAUUGAUCAAACUGACGCUGCUGUUCGAACACAAGCCUUAAUGUAUGAGCCAAGAAUAGACAUUUUUUGUAAUAGAGGUGUUAUGUACGUGUACUGUUUUUUAUUUGUAGUUGUUGGCUUAGUUUCUGCAUUUUGCAUUGGAUUUUCACUGUGCUGCGGUCGUAACUUAACUAUGUAUUUUUUUAGUGCUAUUUUGCUGGCAGAUAUAAUUUUUUUUAUUCUUUGUCUUUUAAUGUAUAGGUUUUGGGAAUGUAGGCCGGUUGUACGGUCACGGGUUUGA